UUACAUUCGGCAAAAUCGAUAUGGUAUCUCAUAAUCGGGGACUUUCCUCUAAUAUUGUAAAUAUAGACAUACCAGACGGCAUUGAUACACCUGAUUAUACCAAUAAUAAUAAAAAUAAAUAAAAAUAAAUAAUAAUGAUAAAAAUAACAGCAUCAUUCGUAAAUUAAAUUCUUUGUUUGUUUUAAUUGUUGUAGCGACACGAACAAGAUUCCGGUCGGACAAUUGCGCGUCAUGCUGGGCGAACAUGAUUUAAAGGCACCCGAAGUGCCAGCCGCAAGACAGGAAAGCAUCAUAAACGUGGUGUUACAUCCUGGUCACAGGUGCGGCAAGUAUGUAGACGAUAUUGCCCUGCUGGAGCUUGCCAGACCGAUCAGUUGGUCGGAAAGCGUGAAACCCGCAUGUUUACCUGUGGCCACAGGAAAACCAGGGUAUAGCGCCUUCGGCGGCAUGGAAGCUGUGGUAGCUGGUUGGGGCUGGUUCGGAGAGGAUAGAAGCAAAUAUAAGCGGGCGAACGUAUUACAGAAGGUGGAUGUUCGUGUUGUCGAGAACACCGUCUGCACUGAAUGGUACGCAAGUCAAGGCAAGUCGAUUCGCGUGGCAACGAAGCAAAUGUGCGCCGGAUGGGAAGAGGGAGGAAGGGAUUCUUGUUGGACCGGAUUCACGUACAACGAUACCGUGACCCACCACAAUAGAUCUCGCAACCCUACAGUUCAUAUCAGAACAAGUGGAGAACAUACGUCGCGCCAUAUCACCAUACAACCAUACCUCAUAACUAUGGUAGCUCACAGAUAUUUACGGAGACGACUGCGCUUUAUUCCACAGGCUGACAGCGGUGGACCUCUGAUGGUCGGAAAUCGUCCGGCCGAUCCCCUGAUGGUCAUCGGGGUGGUGUCAACAGGUAUAGGAUGUAGCCGACCGCGACUUCCUGGUAUUUAUACGAGAGUGUCUGAUUAUGUCGCUUGGAUCACGCAAGAGACGCAAAGAAGCCGAUAAAGUGUCACGUGGAAGAAAGUAUGAUCACCAACUUUUAUCUCAACUCAGCUAUCAAGGUUUCUGCGUUUAUUUAAACACAUUUGACUGCAUUUGAUUAGGAUUAUAUACAUACAUAAUGAGAGAAUGAGAUCAUUAUUAUUAAUGCAGGUUGACAAUUUUUCCUCAAAUUUCUAUCACAGACUAUGAUAUAAGCGGGAAGAAAGAGUCGAUCAAACAUUAGAAAUGUUAAUUGAUAAUACUGGGCUGUUACCGUCCGUAAGACGCAGUAUUCUACUUUUCGAAUUCGUUGCACGGCGGUCUUAUCAAUAUAUAUUUAUUUAUAUUUGGCUAUAUGUAAAAUAUAUUUGUUAUUUAUGUUACUAAUUAAAUAAUUAAGUGACAAAUAUGACGAUAGACGUUACCAGUUUUCUGGAACGCUUGAUAUGUAUUUAUCUGUAUCAUAGUUAAAUCAAUAUUUUCCGUUUAUUCUUGUCUAAAAUCUGAUAUCUACUGUGCAAUGAUAUAGAUUUUUCCACAAAUGUGGAAUACGUCUUAUAUUUAUUCACAUUUCACAUUUAUAUGCGAUAAUUAAUACGUAAUGUAGACAUUAUUAGCGUAAAAUAUAUUUAAACAUUUAUACGAUAAAAGAUUUUA